CUUACAAAUGAUCCAGUUUCUGAUUCUAGUGCAUUAAAGGUGGUCCAUACGUACAUCAAAAGAAUGUCUAAGUUCAGUGUUACGUUGCUCUUCAUCGGGCUGUCGUUGUUAGUAUUUUGCGAUGGAUCUGCAUUGUCCAACGAGAGCUCCGAUUCGAAUGAAUACGAAGUGACGGGGAUUUUAGAAGAAGUACGCAAACAGUGUAAAAAAAACACAGGUUCCAAUGCCGCCUUCCGGGUAGUCAUUGAAUCAGUUGAAACGACUUUUAUGUGUAUAUCGAGAUUCGAAGCAGAUAAUUUCAUGAACGAUUUCAACCGACUUACCAACGCAACUCGAGGAAUAUUCUUUCCCAAAUACUGUCCUAAGGUGCGAUCACUCAUCUCUUGCCAUGACAAUAUGAUAGCUACUAUUCAAACAUGUCUCAAGGAGGGUACGAUCAAAAUGGUUCAGGCUUUGUAUGACAGCAUACCGGAAGCCUUGAACCUUGCGUGUAAAAACGAUGGAGAAAUAAUAUUCAAACUGAAAGACGUAAAACGCCAAAGGUGUAUAAUGCAGAAAGGUGAUCAAAUGUCGGCAUGUGUUAACACACUAAAAAAUAGCCUGAUUGGUGAUUGGGAGGAUUCCAAACUGACGCAGGAGCAGUGCAGCAUACUUACCAACUUCAGACAGUGCUUGAAGGACCAACUGGACCAUUGUGACUUGUCGGACAUUAUAAGCAUCUACGAUAUACGCAUGAAUGCUAUGUUGCGCCUUACGCCUUGUGGCAACCAUACUGAGGAGCAACAGGUCGGUCUUAUUGAAAGCAACUCGAUCGUGGAGGUUUAAAACAAAAGGCAAAAGUUCGGAGAUACAGCUGAUCCUUUCUUAUCUACUGAUGACGAAUAAUCUUUUUUUUUAUUUGUACUACUUUUGGGGUCUUUUAAUACUACUAUACUAUACUGAACUAUUUUUGUGCUCUUCUAAUGAAGUCUAUUAGCAAUAGAAUGUAACAGUAAAUGCUGCAGUCAAAUAAAAGAGUUCUAGUUAUCGCUCUGCUAAA